UCAGAUUUCUAUAUCUCCUCUUGACUGGUCAACGCCCAUUGCUACUCUGAGAGGCCGCACGCAAAGAUUAUCCAUUACUUCUUCAUCUCUCUCGCUCAUUCGCACAUUCAUUCAUCCACGCCACACUGCGCUGCGCUGCGCCUCGCCUAUCGAGAUUUGAAUCAGCAUGGAUUCGGUGGACAGGGUAUCCGCCACGGCUCGCGGUACUUCCCAAUGCCCGUUCAAAAUUCUGUGCGAGACAGCCGCCUUCUUGAUCUGGCACAUUGUCCUUGUCCUCAUGUUAUUUGACUGCAUGGCCAUAGUCUUGCAUAUGGCGGCCUGGACGUGGUUUUUCUACACAUUCACUAGGGUCUUCGUGGCGCUUUCUGGCCUCCUUGGUCGAUACCUGGAAGUCACUGAUGAUUCUGCUACAUCCUCGUCUGAUAAAGCGUAAGUUCAUCGUCUCUGAGCGUGGCUAAUUAAACUCACCUCGAGAUUCAUUACAGAGUCACACAAGCGUCAUGCGUCCGUGGC